AUGGCGCCCAUCCUCUCCAAACCUGCAACCAAGUCUCAUGAGAAUGCCUGGUUCGCUAUUCUGUGCGGCAAAAUUGUCGAGCAAGCAAAAGAGGUGGCGCGGGACUUGGUUGAGGUGACGAAUUAUCUCAAGAAGUGCAUGACAUUUGACACGCAGCUGCAGAUGGUGUCAGCCAGCUUCUCACAGUUUCUUGGUUGCUGGACGCUGAUGUCUCUGCACAACCUCAUCUGCCAGUUCACAGAUGGGAGGGCAAAGAGGCAGUCGAGCAAGGAGGAGCCCGAGAUCAAGCGCAUGCGUCUGGUGGACUUCAUGCCUCCAGCCUUCAUUGCCUGGAUCAUUGGGAUUCUCUACUCGUCGUUCGUUUUCGUCUACCUGCCUUGCGCGGGCUUGUCGCUCGUAAGCCCGGUGAGCUUGGCAUUCCAUGCAAUGAUAGCAAUGGUAUUGACGACCUACUACAAGGCAGCGGUGACAGACCCUGGAACCAUUCCAGCCUCAAUCACAUGGCGAACGUUCGGACGUCCACCUGCAUCUUUGAAAGACCGCAAAAAGUCGGGUGAGGCUCGUUGGUGCAGGAAGUCCGAGGCGUACAAGCCCGAUCGCUCCCACUACUGCAGUGCUACGGAGAGGUGCGUCCUGCGAAUGGACCAUUAUUGCCCCUGGCUGAACAACACCGUCGGAUAUGCGAACCACAAGUUUUUCCUUCAGUUCCUCGUCUACUCGAGUUCGGCGUGUUUGCUCGGAUCCAUCAAGACGGUACAGCUGCUGGCUUCCGUGAGCCUUCCACCGACGCUGGUGCUGAUGCUUGUAGAGGCCGGUGCCAUCGGCACUCUUCUUUCCGGCAUUUUGAUCCCGUUCACGACCUUCCAUUGCUGGCUCCUCUGCAACAACAUGACCACCAUCGAGUUCUGUGAGUACCGCUUCUCCCCGGACCGGGAGCAUCGCAGCUCCCGCCAUCGGUAUGAUGUGGGCCUGUACAACAAUCUGGCCUCAGUACUUGGCGGCAACCCCUUGCUGUGGCUUCUUCCCGUGGGAGCUCCGCUGGGUGACGGCCUGAGCUUUCCGAUGCGUCUGGAGGAUGCCAGCAACGAGCACCUUUGUUGCAAGGUCUCGGGUUUGUUCGGGACUUUGUGGUCAGGGGUUCAGGAAGCCCUAAACCCUAACCCUACCUAG